UGCAGGGGACCUCUUCUGGGGGUAGCUGCUGCUAGAAUCUGGAAAAGAGGGGCCCGAGGAAGAAGUGACUGCAGCCCUUAUGUCGGCGGUGUCCUUACCUCCGGAGGCAAAGGUUCCAGCAAAGCAGCCAGGAACCGUGCUGGAAACCAGAGCCGACCUGCCAUUAUCUUGCACCAAGUUUAAAAGUCAAUACUGAAGAGCAUUUCGAAUGGAAGCCUGUAUCAUAUUGAUAUUCAAACCAAGCAAGACACAAAAAACAGAAUUAAUGUUUGCUGAGAUCUGGAACUUCUGGAAGGUUCCUCUAAUGAGGUCAGAGAUACAACUCUGAUGUUUUCUGACUGAUGAUGUUAUAACACUGUACAGAACUUUAACAUUGUGUUUACAAUUGAAUGUAGACAAGUUGUUCCCAUAACCAUGGAGAUCCAAAAGGAUGAAGCUGCUCAUACCAAGGGAACAGCAGCCUUUUGGUACCACAAGUCUCAAAGGGAAGAGAAAGAAGCCAAAAGCAAAUCAGUUGAGAUUAUUGAAGGGGCCAUGACAGAAGUAUCACAGUCACCUUCAUCUGGCCCAGGUAGGCUAAAGAAAACUGCCAUGAAAUUCUUUGGUGGAAAGAAGGGUAUCUGUACCCUUCCUAAUUUCUUUGGAGGGGGGCGAAGCAAAGGUUCCCGGAAAAGCAACUCUAAGAAGGGCCUAAAUCAAAUUAAGACUCAUGAUGCCUUGAGUGAAGUAACCCAAGGCUCUGAAGACACUGUCAGUGAGGAAACCAAAUUAGCCUUACCUUUUCUCCAACCACCCAGCAAGCUUCCUAGCUCCCAGAAUACUCAUGGGUCUUUGGAGGCAGGCUCCAAAUGCAAGACAUCUAUGACUCAAGCUAUAGGAAAAGCUAAUGCUGAGAAUGUUCCCUCUAUAUGUAAGCCCAAAAAAGGCUUGAAAAGUUUCUUUAGUAGUAUCCGCCGUCAUCGGAAGAGCAAAGUUUCUGGGGCUGGACAAACUGAUCCAGGUUCCAAAGGGUCAGAAGGAGUUAGAGUUAGUUCUUAUGAGCAUGUGAGUUCAGCCCUUCUGCUGCAUGCUAAGGAGACCUUCAAAGUUCUCAAAAUGGAAAAUGACAAACUCCAACAGUUUUCUGUGCCAGAAGUUUCUUCAGAGCCAAACCAUUCUCUAGCAACUUCUGAGAAGACAGCCUGUAAAUAUACAGAAGAACCCGUGGAGGCCUGUGUCUUAGCACUUCUGCAACCUAACCCUGCUCUUAAAUCUAGUGGUCUAGAGAAACCAAUAGAUGUAGCAACAGUGGAGGAGGUGAUGGCAGGAGAGGUAAAUUCAUCCAAUAGUCCUGUAGGAGACCAGCUGAGCCUCAUAUUUUGUGAUGUCACAUCUCUGAAAAGCUUUGACUCACUGACAGGUUGUGGUGACAUCAUAGCAGAGCAGGAUAUGGACAGUAUGACGGAUAGCAUGGCCUCUGGAGGCCAGAGGGCCAAUCGUGAUGGCACCAAACGAAGUUCCUGCCUGGUGACUUACCAAGGAGGUGGAGAGGAGAUGGCCUUACCAGAUGAUGAUGAUGAUGAUGAUGACGAUGACGAUGACGACGAUGAUGAUGAAGAAGAAGAAGAGGAAGUAGAAUUAGAGGUAGAGGAAGAAGUCAAGGAAGAAGAUGAUGACUUGGAAUACUUGUGGGCAACUGCCCAGACGUCCAAUUUUAACCUGCACUAUCAUUCUACUACAUUUCCAAGGCAUCAUGGUUACAUGCUUCAUAACCCAGUUCAGUCUUAUCCUGGCGAAGUUCCUGAGGAUAUAUUGACUCCUCAGAGUGACCAGCAAGACUCUGCUCCCAAUAGUGAUGAGGGUUAUUAUGACUCUACCACACCUGGAUUUGAAGAUGAUUCUGGUGAAGUGUUAGGACUUGUACACAGGGAUUGCCUGCCCCGAGAUAGCUAUAGUGGAGAUGCCCUUUACGAGUUCUACGAGCCAGAUGAUAGUCUUGAGCAUUCUCCAUCUGGGGAUGACUGUCUUUAUGACCUCCACGGUCAAAGUUCUGAAAUAUUUUACAACAUCUUGAAUCUUGAGCCCUCUUCACAUCGGCCACCAGGUGCAAUGGAGACAGAAGAAGAGAGGCUUAUGAUGAUCCAGAAACAGUUGGUAUAUUGGGAACUUCAGCGGAAACAGCUUGAAGCCCAAGAGGCAUUGGAAGCACAUGCUGGAGAGGUUCCUGCCAAGGAGAUCUAUACUCAAGAAACUCAUGCCAAGGACGUUCAUUCCCAAAAAGUGCAUACUCUUGAAGCUUAUGUCAGAGAGUCCCAAGCCCAAGAGGUCAGAAACAGCUGUGCUAGGAAUGGACAUAUUCAUGAAGCUCAAGCUCAAGAGGUUCAUAUCCAGCAGGCAAAGCCUGAGUAUCAUAUGAGGCCCUUGGGUUCAUCAAUGAUGGGUGUGAUGGUAGCAGGAUCAAGAACCACUCAGACUACCCAUAUAGGAACCACUUCUGCUUUUCCUACAACUGGCAGUAGUGAGUCUGACUGGAGGGAUUUUCGUCCUCUGGAGAAGCGUUUUGAGGGAAACUGCUCCAAAAAAGAUCAAAGUACCUGCCUCAUGCAGCUUUUUCAAAGUGAUGCUAUGUUUGAGCCAGAUAUGCAGGAAGCCAAUUUUGGAGGGUCUCCCAGAAGAGCUUACCCCACUUAUUCACCUCCUGAGGAAGCAGAUGAAGAAGAAGUUGAUAAAGAAGGAAAUGUUACUGUGAGUUUUUCACAGGCCCUUGUGGAGUUUACUAGCAAUGGAAAUGUAUUCUCUAGUAUGUCUUGCAGCUCUGAUUCUGACUCAUCCUUCACUCAAAACCUUCCUGAGCUGCCUCCCAUGGUGACCUUUGACAUUGCUGAUGUGGAAAGGGAUGGGGAAGGUAAGUGUGAAGAGAAUCCUGAGUUCCAAAAUGAUGAAGACCUUGCAGCCUCUUUGGAAGCUUUUGAGCUAGGUUACUAUCAGAAACAUACAUUCACCAAUUACAGCAGCCGUUUCUACCAAGGUCUGCCCUGGGGUGUGAGCAGUCUUCCUAGAUACUUGGGAUUAUCUGGUAUUCAUACUCGACCUACACCUGUUCCCAUGGCCCUCAAUAGGAGGAGCCGCUCCCUUGACACUGCAGAGACCCUGGAGCUGGAGGUCUCUAAUUCCUAUAUGGCCCAGAGUUAUGUAGGGUCUGAUGUACUGCAAUCUCAGCAUGAAGAUUUAGAUGAAGAAGAGGAGGAGGAAUGUGAUCGAGAUAGCCCUCUGUCACUCUAUACUGAACCCCCAGGAGCCUAUGAUUGGCCUACCUGGACUCCCUGUCCUCUACCAGUAGGAAAAGGAUCUGCCUGGAUAAGUCCAAACCAGUUGGAUAGGUCUUCCCACCAGUUUCCACAUGGGCAGACAGCCUGCUCUGUAUCUCCUAUGGCCACAUCAAUGUUGCUAUCAGUACCAGGACCAGAGCUACAGGCAUCUGACAAAUGUGAGCCUCAGCUAGCUCAUCAUUCACAUGUACCCCUAUCUUUGGGCAUUUGUUAUAAACAUCAGCCACAAGCCUUCCAGAGUACAAGGGGAAGACAUCUAAAUGUACUUCUGCCUGUUGAUGGAUCCCGUUGCUUCUCUCAUUAUGGAGAGAAUACUCAAAACCUACCCCAUUUCAAGCCUGUCAGUAUUACCGAUGGAAUCCCUCAGUUAUCCAGGAUACAUCCUAAGUCCCCCCAAUCUCAGCCCAUUCAACAAAGGGUUUCUAACUCUGAUCUGUCCAAAGAGAGGGCUGAACAUGUUGCUCCUUUCCCCACCACAUAUUACUCUACUACCAUAAAUGGACAGAAAUCUAGCUGAGUAGUCUAUUCUGGGUUCUAAUUGGGGACCAGAAGCUGGGAAGAGGGCAGGAGAUUGCUGUUUAAAUCGAAAAUUCAUUUGGCUGAGGAAAGUUUAUAUGAGUAUUUAACUUUAUUUUCCCAUGUUUCUUCUCUGCCAUCUAUUUCCAAAAUCACUUCAAGUACAUCUGCCCUGGAACGCUGCUACUGCUGCUGCUGAGCUCUGAUUUUGCUUUUUGGGGUUUCUUGUGAUCCAUGUAGGGUUUGAUAUACUAUAAUUUUGUGCCUAUUCCCAGUUGCCAAGUUAGCGAUUAUACAAUAAGCAUGCACCCUUGACAUAGGUUGAAUCCUUAGACCCCUUGCCAACAACCUUCACACCUCCUUGGAUCAAUGUACAUCUAGGUCUGCACCGCCUCCUUUAGGGGAGCAGGGGCCCUAUUUGAUGUUAUUAAUGUGAAACUUUGGUACAGGUACUCCCAAUCUUAUUCUCUUAAUCCAUUAGUUUUGACAUAAAUGUUACAAUUACACUAGGUGACUGUAAUCAAUUUAUUCCAGUUGUUUUUAGAUAGGAUCAAGUAGCAUGUGCCUCACUCCCUAAUUGCUGUGGACUUUAGUAUCAUAACAUAUAGGGGAUUUUUGACCAUCUCCUGAGACUUGAAUUGAAGACAAAAUGCUUUUAAUGGAGCAAAUGAAUUCAUCCAGUUACAAGCAGAAAACAAAAUGAGAUACCAUUGUAGAUACUGCCAUAUUUUGGGGACUCUGAAAUGAUAGUAAUUUUCCCUUGCACUCACAUCUGAGAUGCAGAUACUUUUGAAUUAUUUUAUUUCUUAAAUGAAAGUUUUAUAAUCUCAUCACAAGGAACACAUAUUUAUUGUUGUUAUUGUUUUUUUUUUGUUCUGAAUACAUCUGUGGUGGUCCAUGUCUACUCCUGAAUCUGCUCAGAGGUCAUUCCUGGCAGGGUCGGGGGGGUCCAAAUGGGAUGCUGAGGAUUGAACUUGAGUGGCUCUAUUCAAGGCAAGCACUGUUUAUGAUGCUCUGGUUGGGAACACAUUAUUUUCAUUGAGGAAUGGCCUAGCGCCAAUUAUUAUUGAAGAUUGUAUAGGUUUCAUAGGAAGGAUGGGAAAAGUGCUUGUCAUUUUGUCCAAGUCAGCAGGAGAGAGUGUUUUACAUGUAGAGCUUGAAGCAGCCAAACUUCUUAGAAGUAAAAGUUAUUUCACUGAAAAAUUUUUUUUAAAUUUAACCCACCCUUUUAUUUUGGUGCUAUAAUAAAGUUGCAGGAUAACUCUUCCAACAUACAGGAUUCCAAAUAUCUUAGUCUGCUUAUC